GUAUUGUGUUAACGUUUGUCAGGAUGGGUCUUUUGCAAUAUGUGUUAGUGCUGGUUGUGCUUGUGGUGUUUGAUCUGAAGAAUGCUUUUGGAAGUUUGAGAUCCAGUCAAAGUCCAAAAAGCAAGAAGCAUCAAUCAUAUCCAGCUUCCAGAGUGCCUGUUUCUUCUCAAGUGCUCGGAGACACUUUGCAGAAGGCUUCUCCGUCUCAGAGUCUUGACUACAGAGGAUUUGCACAAGAGCCUCUUGGUCUUCAGGAGAAGCAGGUGUUGCAGGGUCCAGUGAAGCCUUUGGACUGGAGGUUUCCCAUUGUUCCAGAAGUGCCGAGUGAGAUGGCGGUGGACUUCCAUUUGAGGCAACCUGUGACUCCCAGUAGUGUAGCUAUUCAAUGCGGUGAGAACCGGGUUCAUGUGGAGGUACAGCAGGACUUGUUUAGCAAUGGUGAACUGAUCCAGCCAUCUGGUCUGACUUUGGGAGGAUGUCCUGUUGUCGGUUUGGUCCCAGGCUCCAAGGUGCUCUUCUUUGAGAACGAACUGCAGGACUGCAACAGUGUGUUGAUGAUGACCAAGGAUGAGCUUGUCUACACCUUUGCCCUUACCUACACUCCUGAGGCGUUUGCUGGCACUCCGAUUACCCGUGCAGGUGGUGCAGUUAUUGGUGUUCAAUGCCAUUAUCAAAGGUUUCAAAAUGUCAGCGGUAAUGCCUUGAAGCCAACUUGGGUCCCUUAUGCCUCAACGGAGGCUGGUGAAGAAGUCUUGCUGUUCUCCCUGAAGCUCAUGAUGGAUGACUGGUCCUAUGAGAGGCCUUCAAACUCUUACUUCCUGGGUGACGUUAUUAAUGUUGAGGCAUCCGUGAAGGUAUACAACCACGUCCCUCUGCGUGUGUUUGUGGACAGCUGUGUGGCCACCCAAGUACCUGAUGUGAACGCCCUUCCGAGAUAUUUGUUCAUUGAGAAUCAUGGAUGUCUUGUGGAUGCCAAGGUCACAGCUUCCAGCUCGCGCUUCAUGCCUCGAUCCCAGGAAGACAAAAUCCGGUUCCAGCUGGAGGCCUUCAUGUUCCAGGGGGGAUCCAGUCCUUCUAUCUACAUAACGUGUGUUCUGAAGGCCACUCUUGCUUCUGCACCUAGUGACGCGCUCCACAAAUCCUGUUCCUUUGCCAAUGGGUGGCUUGCUGCUGAUGGGAACCACCAGGUUUGUGGUUGCUGUGACUCCACAUGUGGUCCUGAUGGUGGAACUGCUGCUUCUCCUUUUGGAGGCCUUCAGUGGGAAGGGAAGGCCUCGCUCGGUCCUGUAGUGGUUCAAGAGCACAAGAAGACUUUGGCUGGUCUUCAAUAAAUGUGGGGGAGCAAACUUA